CGAAGGCACGGACGCGAAACCACGCUACCCAAGCGGCCAAGAGCGAGAGCAAUCGUUCGCGUUAGCUCGUCUCCAUCGCCAUCAUAUUAUUCGUGCUGCGAAAUCCCGUUGUUUUUAUCGUCACGACGACGUUUUCUUCUGUGUCUUCAUCAUCGCCAUCAUCAUCACGACGGCGCUUCCUCCAUUUUUCGCUGUUGGUUUGCUCAUCUUCAACACGGUCCGCUUGAGCAGUGUAUCAUUUUUUCCUUCGUUGCACCACCCACUGCCCGUGACCUCCUGUCCAUCCAGCCUUCUGCCACUCCUUCAGUAAGCAACAGCAGCAGCACUAGCAGAAACAACAAAAACAACAAACGUUCGUCGGGGGAGUGACGCGGUGUUGGCGUUGAUUACACUGACAGUUCGCUCGCUAGCUGGUUGUCUCAGACAUACACACACACAUACUCUCUCUCUCUCUCCCUCCUGUUGGACGUCGAGGGAGUGCGCAGUUGACGCCCCACCGCUUUCUCGCUAGCCGCCAGCCAUCCCGCCGCCCUGCGUUUCCGCUAUCCGUGAGUUGAAUCCCUUUGUUCUCCGGGUUUCUGGGCGUAGCGUGUGCGUGUGUAAGUGCGCGCGCGAGAGGUAAACGUCAAAACAGGCACACGACGGGCAAAGCGCGUGUUUUUUGACGGCUGCGGUUGUUACUUCAGUCAGGCAGCGCGGAACGCGUGUCUUCCCGAAACCACGCCAAAACACGCGGUUACCGUUUUGGGUUGUGCUUGGAGCUGCUGGAAUUUCUUCCUUCCGAACGUUCGGGAUUUUCGGGAGUCUUCACCAGUGGCCACCAUCAGCGGACGUAACGGCGAAGAUCGGGAGUAGGAGAGAGGGAGAGAGAGAAAGAGAGAUUAAAAAAGAGUGAGUUGAAGUAACAAAAAGAAACCACCCACACGACUCCCACUGGUUGGGUUAAAAUGCAAUUUUAUUCGUAUUGACAACCCUCUGACCGUCCCAAAUCAACGUGUGUAUUAUCAGCACCGACCAGGUCGAAAGCACCACCAGCUUGCAAUCACAGUACCCACUGUAAUCAGUGCAAUAGAACUCCAGGCGUGCUGCACUCCAUCAUACCACACACAUCGUUCUCAAACUCCUCACCCCACGAGAGGAACGGCCGCGAAGACAACGGGAAGAACAAAGGCCGUGAGAAAACAAACAAGAAGAGGCUACCGUGUACAAUCGAUUUAAAGAAGAAGCAUGCUUUUCGCUUUACCGUGAUUCGUUGCAACGCAUAUUGCCGCUGCAUUCGCGAAAGAGAUAAACAGCCGAUUCGAAGCAUCCCAGCUAAUGUGGAGUCAACCGUUUCCCUAACUAAGUCAGGCGUGCCAUCGUCCAACGAACGCGGCGAUUGCGAUUCAUGAUGUACUAAAGAAGUAAAUCGAGUGGGAGGGAAGACGGACCAGCUGAGCAGGCAGCGAAAUGCGAAGGAAAAGCGCAGUGUGCGAGCAGUAACACACAGUCACACGCCUAGUAACCCUCCAAACGACGGCCGUGAGUGCAACAGUAAGUGCGAGCAAGCCAGCAGAUAGCGUGUCGCGCGAGCGAGAAAGGCAUCGAGAUGGUGUACUAGGUAGCGCGAGCUCGCCUAGAGUUGAUCGUAGCCCGAGGGAACGCGAACGACGCGAGGUGGAGAAGCAGCGGACGGGUAGGGAAGUCGAUGCUGUCUUGAUGCUGCUGCAGCAAAUCUCAGAGCACAUUUGGAUACAGAAGCAGAGCGAUGAACGGAUGAAGUUAUCCGCGUGCGUCCGCGUGCCAAGUGUUUUGUUGCCGUCGUUGUAGUUUAUUUUAUCUCGUUCAUUUCGUGCUUCUUGCCGUCACCCGCCCGUAACCCGUGCCUGGCAAAGGUCAUCCUACUGGAGAAAGAAGAAAAGGAAAAACACUCAUCCAUCACCAUCGCUGAAAGGAUCAAACGGAAGUGGAAAACACGCGGCGCCUGGCAAAACGGAAAGUGUCAUCAGUCAGUUUGAGAACCCAUCCACCCACUCGCUUCACUUAGGAGGAGGGAGAAGGUGGCACACAUACAAACUUUUCUCCAAACGUGCAUCGGCGGCAGCGACGUUCGCGGAAGAAAACGCAUGUGGUAAGAAUACGUACCAUAUAUAAUCACUGCACCAGUCGAUUUGGGCGAUAGGAAAAACUCGUGUGUGUAGCGACGACCAGGUGGCAACCUCGUGGUGUGCAGAAACGGAACCGCGUGCACCAUCUCUAAGGAACAGCAAAUGCAGCGCCUCGCGGUUGGUGAUUGCUUCCGCUAAGCGUUACACGAGGCAGAGCGAACCGCAAGCAAAAGAGGAAGGAUAAUUGACCCUCCGCACAAAGGAGCGGUAAGAAUAGCAAGGAUUCUUCUCACUAAUAACGCUUUCUAGUCGGCCCAACCUCGUGCUAAAACUGUGUAAAUUAAACGAAAAUUUUACUCCCGACGAGGAAUUUCACUUUCCUUUACGUUUGCCUUACCAGGCAGUGUGUAGGAGGUGGAACGGGUAUAUGACCACGACGCAGCAGAGACAGCACCGCUCGUCGCUUUAGCUUGCCGUUGCAACCCGCCGCAUUGCUCGCGUGAAACGCGUUUUUUCGCUACCACACGGAGCAGCGCAGGAACUUACAUGUGCUUUCUGCGCCUCUCGGCCACACCACGGGAAAUGGCACUCUGAGGUUGUAUGGGUGCGUAUGCAGUUGGAGACACACCACACCGAGGCUACGCAACAGCAGCAACAGCAACAGCUUCAUCAGCAUCAUCAGUAUCAUCAUCAGCAGCGUUGGUAACAUACUUGCAGCAAGUGGUCAGUCAGGGUCUAGUAUUUUUCGCUCAUCGCUUGCAUUCAAAAUCGCAGCGGCUGCUACGACAUCGAAACAACAGCCCUCUUGCCCAUCGCAGCAAUCCACCACUGCGCAACGGAUUGAUCUCAGACGAUCUCCUUCGCAGCACCGCGUGUCGCCAACCCAUCGGUUCUUCGAUAUCAUAUUUAUUGCCACCCGUCGAUUUCGUCCACACCCAGUGUGCAAGGGUUUCUUGUUCUUGCCACCGUUUUCCAGUUCCAGCCACAGAGCGCAGAGUUCGAACGGGCCCCGCGGGAACCUACGGAAGCGGACGAAAAUAAACCCGAUCGCUGAAACGCGGUGAUCGCUUCGCUCCGGUGGCCUUGGACGGUUAGCGAUUCUACUUUUAUUUUCCUGCAUCCACGCGAUCGCGAAAAAAGUAAUAGCUGGGAAACGACAAUAUCGACCACCCUUCUUCGCACCAUCAUCCUCCCUGGAAACCUACUCAUACACACAUACCAGGACCGUGGUUAGUCGAAUGCAGCAGAUCGCGUGAAGGUGGACAAAGUCGUUCGAUUGCGUUUUGCUAGUAGCCAUUGGCUACUUGUUCUUGCUGCUUAGCACCGACACGACCUAUUGUUGCAAUUGUUGUUGCUGCUCGGAUUAAUCCUCAUCGCCGUUGCACAAACACACCAUCAUAUUGCACUGGCCCCGGGGGGGUUGCAGCUCGCGCAUCGUACGUGACAGCGCCGAAAAGAAGAUAAUCGAUUCAACAGUGCACCGAAGGAGCAAAAAAAAUCGGCGCAGCGUAAAGAAACGAAAACAAAAACAAAGCCAACAACAAUACCGUGUGAGCGAGAGCUAGUGUAACGACAGAGCAACCAUCGGAAACGUCAAAGCCGCGACGGAGACGGAACAUCCGGAACUAUAGGCCAGAAGGAGAUAGCACAUCGUACCAGCUGAGAGCAUCAACGAUAGCAGCUGAGAGGCAGUGCUUUUUUUUCGUUUUCUUCGUUCUCCUGUUGUUGUUUUCGUCGUCGCAUCGCCUACUGCACUCUGCUCUGCCCGCUGCCCGAGUGCAUCCAACUUCGGUCAACGAGAACAGCAGUGUGGUGCAACUGUGUGUGCGCUGCUCUGGUACGGCUGUGUGCAACGGACGGCACCCCCUCCUUCAUCCCAUACCGCGGAUUCACCACGGCACAACUGGAUCUCGCGGAUCCGCGUGACGAGGUCAUCGUGAAGGUUUUUCAGUCACAAUUUCGGCCGUGGCCGCAUCAGAACGCCAUUUUUAAGUGCAACGCAGUUUUGUUGUUGUUUGUUUGUUUGUUGGAUUGAAACGUUUUAUUUGGAACGUCAAGAUGGCCCGCUUUGUCUAGUGCGCGUUAGUGCAGUGGUGCACUUUUUUGUUUCGCGAAUUUCGAAAAAAAACAUAGUACAGCAAAGCUACGGCCGUAAUCAUUCUGAAGAACAACUGAAACAGUAACAACAACAAUCACAAUCACCACUACCACCACCACCGACAAGGCAAUACAACCCUACACCAUUACGGAGAGAGAGUAAGAUUAAGAGAAAAAUAUAGGAAAAAUUUGAAAAUCACAUCAACGAAGCAGAAGAGAAGAGGAGAAAAACGCACCACGAGAAAGGAGCUGGACGCGAAAAUAGUACUCGUCCCACCACGAAGGGCCACUACGCGACCACACGGCCGCCGUUCGAGCAACGGUCCACCGAGAAGCAGCAAAAACACGUUUCGCUUGCCCAUUUCGGUGCGUCCUAGAUAGCGAUAGUGGUGUGUGCAUUCAUCUGCACCACGACCGAAGCGAAAGAAGAAAUAGCAGAAAAACGCAUCGCACGCUUGCAACCCAGCGCAACUACGCGAGGGCUCACAGUGUUUGUCUCUCGCUGUGUGGCCACUUGGUGCUAGUGAUAUUACAACAUUCGCACAAUUCCUCCCUGGCAUCACGUCACCGCCGUACCAGACGGGCCAACGCCACGCGGUUUCGAGGGGGGUUUAUUUUUUCUCACUGAACAAGUACAAAGACAACGCAACGCUCCCCAACAACAACAUCAACCACUAAGAGGCUCGUGAAUAAGUAGAGAAUUUAAAAAAAAAGAAGUAAAAUAAAUCGCUAACCGACCCAUCAGACGAAGGCAGGCAACACGCGAGGAGUUACUUCCUCGGAAAACGACGGCGAACGGCGACGGUUACUUACAACACGUGUGCCCUUUUCGGCGGCCAACAAACGAAGCGAACAAAAAUGGACGUUGGUCAGGGCCAGCAGCAUCAUCAUCAGGAGCCUCAGCCUCAGCGCCGCCAGCAAAACAACGAUGAGGAGGAAGGUUCGGUUCGUCGCAGUGGACGAGGGGAAGCUACGGCGAUGGCCAUGCAGACAGUCCAGGGAAAUCAGAUCGAUGCAGGCUGCGUCACGGCUGCGCGAGUGGAGAACAACAAUAACAACAAUGGGAGCGGCAGCACAGCAGCAGCAGCGGCGACGGCGGCAUCGAGUGGCGGCGGCGUGGUGGAACGUAUCCCGGCGAUUCUCGAUCAGUACGUACUGCACGGGAAGAUCGAUCGGGGCACAUUCAGCUUCGUCACGUUGGCGACGCGUCGGGACGAGCAGUACCUUCCGAUGGAUCGGCGGCGCCUGUACGCCAUCAAGUUGAUCACGCAAACGAGUCACCCGGCGCGCACGGAGCGCGAGGUACGCUGCAUGAUGACGAUGGGCGGCCGGUGCAACGUGGCCCAAAUCGUGGACGGCUUCCGGCACCAGGACUCGGCGGGGCUCGUGAUGAACUACAUUCCGCACGAACCGUUCCAUCUGUACUACGCGCAGCUGGGCCCGGCCGAAGUGCAGCGGUACAUGAAGGAACUGCUUAUCGCUCUCGGGCACGUGCACCGGCACGGCGUGAUCCAUCGGGACGUGAAGCCGAGCAACUUUCUGCACAGUCGCAGAAACGGGGGCACCUACAUGCUGGUGGACUUUGGGCUGGCGCAGGAGACAAACACCGGGGAGCUGACGCUUUGUCCAUCGGCUGGCGGCGCCCACCGGGUCGAUAAGCGGAAGGAGUCUGACGAGGUGGCACACGCUUCGGUAGUGCCAAUGCCAUCUGCUAAACGGCCCAAACCCUCUAACGGCGCCGUGGCAAACGGCGAUCCGCAAAGGGAUCAAGUUGUGUUCCGCAACCCGCUCCACAAGCAGCAAAAGGGUAGCAACGGCAGCACCGUCUCGCCCCUGAAAGUCUCGAAUAACACGCUCAAGGAUCUCGUUGAGUCGCCGCUGGCUCGGCAAAUCAAGUCGACCGCCAUCGGUAUUGGGAAUAGGUUGAAAAAUCGUGGUUCGAUGGUUGCCAUGGCAGGGAGCACCCAAUCACCGCUCGCUCCCGGCUGUUCGGAGCGGGAAAACAAAGAUGUUGCUGAAGCACCACGAGCUAAACUGACCGCCAAAGUAGGGGCGGGCAUGAAGCAGCAGCAGCAGCGUCAACCGUCGGAUCUGACGUCGUGUGAAUGCUCGGGCCGGCCGCAAGUAUGCACCCGUUGCCUGGUGAAGCGCGAGAUGCACGCACCUCGAGCCGGAACGCCCGGCUAUCGGCCACCGGAGGUGCUACUGAAGUACCCGGAUCAAACGACAGCGGUGGACAUUUGGGCCGCCGGGGUGAUUUUCGUGAGUUUGCUCUCGAAGUGCUACCCGUUCUUCGGUAACACCGACGACAUGACGUCACUGGCGCAAAUCAUUUCUGUGUUCGGAUACGAGCGGGUUCGUCAGGCGGCCACCAGCUUCAAUAUGAGGUUGGUGAUGGCUGAAGAGCAGGAGCGCAUGGAGGCACUCAGCUUGCGGCGCCUCUGCCAGCACUUCCGUGCCCUCUACCGUCAGCGUGAGUCCUCCGCCGAUGCCGCAACCGGCGCUCCGCCGUCCGGUGGUUCCAGUCCCCCACCUGGUGCAGAUGAUGCGCGCAACCCGGGAGACUGCUGCGCAAACUGCAACCGACCACCGGGACGAUGCCUGUGCCAGGAGCGGCCACAAGAUCGGCGGGUGCCCAAAGAUGACGCCAGCCCGGCGGACGAUGGGACGGACGGGGAUUGCGAUGAGUACGGAUCGGCAGCGUACGAUCUGCUCGAACGUUUGCUAGAAGUUGAUCCGCGUAAACGCAUCACCGCCGCCGCUGCCUUGCAGCAUCCCUACUUCGAGGUGCAGUACUGAGCAGGUGAGCAAUGACGCACGUUCAACGGAGAGAGAGAAGGGGAGAUAGAGAGAGAGAAAGGGAGCUAGGGAGAGAGGUAUAAAAGACCCCCAACCAGUCAGUAUCCAUACUACGUUACUAACGCAAAGCAAAAAAGAAAAGCUACCACACACACCGCCAUUACCAGCACCAUCGGUACAAACAAGAUUGCUGUAAGCCAAGAUCGGACGGAAUGAACGAAUGAAAGCAAGUUGGAAGCCCAGCGGUCAAUUAUAAAAAAAAGCCAGUCGAAAGCUAAAGGAAAGCGGGGAAACACGGAAAAUCCCUCCGAGAUGUAAAGGAAAUGUUUAGAGAUUAUCGUUAAAUAGUUCGCUACUUUUUAAGUUACCACCGAAUAUAGAUUACCACUUACUCCUUCACGCUCAGCUUCUCUGGAUGCUACGAGGAUCCUGAAUGUUUCCGGCAACGGAACGCGGUGUUCGCGCCGCCACCGCCACCUCUUCCGCACGCAAGGGCGCACAUGCAUACUCACACUCACACAUUCCAGAGCACUCCUUUUUUUCUAUUACCGGUGUACAGAAGUUAAAUUGAAAAACAUGAGGAUGAAAACUGCUGCUGUUUGAACCGAAGCGAAAACAAUCGCAAGUGACACACAGUGUGCGUGCCUGAUAAAUGAAUGAAUGUUCGUGUGCAUGUGUAUGUGUGUGUAUGUGCGCGGUUUGUGUGAUUUUUGUGUCUCUCCACCUUUUUUGUGUGCACAAAGGACACCAGGAAUGCAUUUCGGUGGUGCGUUCUCCCAAUGCAGCGUAGCGCACCGUUUUGCAAACAAACACACUACAAACAAUCGAUUGCCAUCUGAUUAAUGUUUUUUUUAUCACCCCCGGCACCACCAUGUCGCAGACUUGUUCCCUCUUGGUAGCCCUC